AUCACUCCGCCCUCAGCCCUUUACAUUUCGGGAGGUUGGUGGUAGACUAGCCAUGGCGCCCUCCAGGCAAGAGUGGUGAUUCUUUCACAGUUCUCGUUCUUUAUUUCCAAGAUGGAGGAUAGAAGAACUAUUGCAUUCUCACUGGUGUGGUGUUUUAUGAUGUCCCAAGACCAGGUAUUUGCAGAGCUUCGCUUUGAUCCGGGAGAGCCUUUUGGUACACUUUUUGUCAAGGAAACCAUGCCAAUCAGCAUCACAUGUAGCCUUAUCACCAAUAAUUCAGAGGCCUCGUUGAUAAUCACCACAUAUGUUGGUUUGAAAGAUAAAGAUUUUAAGUCUGAAGUGACCAAGGAGACUUUGCCCAAGGACUUGUUUAGGAUUAACAUGACCAUCAGCAAGCCAUCAGCAUCUCAAGGCGACUCGGCGGACUAUUUAUGUUCUGAAGAGAAGUAUCAUAAUACUGUCGUUCAGAACUAUGAAGUGUAUGCAGUGUUUACCCAGGGAGCCAACGUCACGGAAGGUCACGAGACGUCCAUCAGGUGCGACCCCACGUUGAACCACGAUUUCACUUUGGCUUGGUAUAAAGACAACGUACCACUCCAAUCUAUUCCGGGUCUGCAAGACAGGCUGAUCUUGUCAAAAGACAACAAAACUGUCUCCUUCAAGGACGCCAGACCCUCGGAUGGUGGAGUGUACACUUGUAGAAUCAUGCUGCAACACAAUACAUCCAAGCAAGUGCUAGAAGAAAAAAUAUUUCUUCAUGCUAAACCUUUUAUACUGCCCGGAGCGCUGACCAAUGUCACAAGCACGUCUCUCAUCUUGACCUGCCCAGUUGGCGGUUACCCAAGUCCAGAGAUCUUCUGGCAAAGAGGAAAGGAUAUACUGACCGCAAAUGGUAAUGUUCAAAUGACCACAGUAGUAGGUACUCGUCACGCUCAGUUGGUCAUCACCAACUUAACCGACAAUGACUACGGCACUUACUCCUGCAUUGCUGACAACUGGUUGGGUAAAGCAGAACUGACCUAUCAGGUUCACAGUGAUGGACACAGAUCUAAGGCGGGACUUGGUUAUUUACUGUUGCUGUGUGGUUUCAAGAUGUUCCUUAUGGUUAAAACUUAAAGGCCCAUAACCAGUGUUCAAAACUUUUGAACUAACAUUUACUUCAAUGCAGAAGAAUAAACCUCAACAGUACCCAGACCAACCCUCAGCCUCAACAGUACCCAGACCAACCCUCAGUCUCACUAGGACUAGAACACUCAACAGUACAUAUAAAAAAUAAGAAUAAAAACUCACUAGUAGACAAAAGAAUAGUCCUCAAGAGUACAUAAAAAAUUAAUCUUUAUUAGUGAAUGAAGAAAUGACAUUCGAAGAAUAGCUAGCGCUCACUGACACAUUGAGGAACUAAUCCCCAUUAGAACACAGAAAAUAAACUCCUAAUAGUCAAUAGAAAAAAAGAUUUCUUCUUAUUACAUAGAAAAGAAAAUCCUGACUAGUAGCCAGUUGGCGUUCAUUCAUAAAGAGCGACUUAAGGUUGUGAUCGCUCUUGCUGUAACUUAAAACAAUAACAAAAUUGAAAUAAAAUUUCUCAAUAUUCUCCCAUUUUUUCCUGCUGCUAUUUAGUCAAACUAAUUUGUACUCUUAAGUUAAAAUUUCAAUGUUUUAAAUGUCUUUUUGAAGUAGUUCUAAAAUUUUCUUUGACAGACGAUUCGAUACUAAUGUAGACUUUCAGCGUUUUAUCAGUUCACUUCAUAGGAGCACGGAGUCUCUACUGCGAGACCAAAAGUUCACCAUCACUUUAAAGUAUCUAUUUCACUAAGAAUGAUAUUUGUAACACUCGAUAUAACUCGCUCACAAGUAAUGCAUUAUCUGGAGAUGUUAAUAAAUCUCUACUCAUUUAGCACUCUACAAAUACCGUUAUUGAUACGAAGGUUUCCAAACUUCAAACUAAACCUAAUUCAUAGCUUCUGUUCUUAACAGUGUAAAUGGCCCAAUAAGUUUUCGCUAUCCAACCCUUGCAUGUUGAGCAGAACUUUAUAUUCCUUCUAUCCAGCCAUACAAUCGAAAAAGAAAUCAUUCAAAUUUGAAUGAAUCAGUCUUGUUAUAAUUCAAAUUUAAUAUAAGCAUAUUCAUUAAUGACCAGUUAAUGAUUUAAAUAUAUAAUAUUUUAUACUCAUUAUGAGAAAAUUUUUUUUUACUGUUUCGUCAACUAUUCAUAUUUUUUAUACAACAAAAUCUUGUCGUAACUGCCCUCUCUGUCAAUACCCAAGUAUCUUAGUAAGAAGACACUGUUACAUCCAGUAAGUAUUGACCCCUUGUAUGAUAUGCCAGACGCUUUUUAUAGUUUUAAAAUGUCUUUGUCACUUAUGAAUAUUUUUUUUUCGGACCUGAUAUAAAGUAGUCUCUUUCAAUGUAUAUUUGUUUCUGCUUCCUGUUUGAAGUAACGUCUGUAAUCUAUAUGGUAAGACAAGAAAGCCGCCUUCGUGUUU